AUGUCGAUGUCUUUGCCUUCUCCACGCUCUCCGCUGUCUGAAUUCCUUCCGUCUCCUUCACUUAGCAACCACCCCGUUUUCUUCAACAACACCCGCAAGCUCUGUUGCUACAAAUUUUCUAGCCUCAGGCUUGUUUUCAUUCCAGUAGCGUCACUAUCCACCACAAAAUCGUAUCCCACAGAAACCACAGUGUUACAUAGUCCAAUUCUUGGUAACAAGGAGCAAAGAUUAUACCCAAAAGAGGGUGAGGGGCAUAAGGGCUUGCCUAUGAAAGAAGAAGAACAAGAAAGCCUGGAUUUUGAUGAGAAAGCUAGUAAAUUUCAGGUACUGGAUCUUUUAAAUGCAGUAAAAGCAUUACCUUGUAAAGAAAGAGUUGAUUACAUUGUCAGGGUUCUUGAUAAAGAGAUUGGAUUUUUUAACAUCUCAGACUUCAAUGAUGUUCUCAUGGCUUUGGUCACAGCCAAUGAGUCUGAUCUUGUCUUGAAAUUGUACUCGGGUUUAUCAUGUUACAGUUUAGAGCCAAAUUCUUGGACAUUUUCAAUCAUGGUCAGGUGUCAUUGCAAGAAAAAGGACCCUGGUGAGGCCAAAAGGGUUUUAGACCAGAUGAUGCAAAAAGGGUUUAAUCCAAAUGUUGCAACAUUGACCAUACUAAUCAAUUCAUUCUGCAAAAUGGGUCAAUUGCAGAAUGCCUUUCAAGUUUUUGAGGUCAUGGAUAGGAUUGGGUGCAAGCCAAACAUUCAAACAUACAAUUGCUUGUUAAAGGGGAUGUGUUAUGUGGGGAGAAUAGAGGAAGCAUUCGAGCUAAUGGAAGAUAUCAAGAAAACCACUGUAGAGCCGGAUAUUUAUACAUAUACUGCCAUGAUGGAUGGCUUUUGUAAGGUAGGCAGAUCAGAUGAGGCAAUGGAGUUGCUAAAUGAGGCUAUGGAGAUGGGGUUGGCACCAAAUGUGGUCACUUUUAACACCCUGUUAGAUGGAUAUGCCAAGGAAGGGAGACCAUUGAAAGGGUUUGGUGUGCUGAAGUUAAUGAAACAGAGAAAAUGCAUGCCUGAUUAUAUUAGCUACAGCACAUUGCUGCAUGGUUUGUUGCUCUGGGGAAAAGUUCUAGCUGGGUUGAGAAUUUUUAAUGAAAUGGAGGGGAGUGGACUUGAAGCGGAUGAGAGGUUGAUGAAUAGUCUUGUUAGAGGUUUAUGUAGGAAAUCUAUUAAAGAAAAUGACCUAGUUGAGGUUGCCUAUGAAGUGUUCGAGAAAAUGAAGAAACGGGGUUUUGUCAUAGAGCAGAGCACAUAUGCCUUGGUGAUUCAAGCUCUUUGGGUGGCAAAGAAAGUUGACGAUGCUUUUAUCAAUUUGCACCAGAUGGUUCGAUUGGGAUAUAUUCCUAGAUUAAUCACCAUUAACAACGUAAUUCGAGCACUUUGUGUCGGAGGAAAGGUAGACGAGGCAUUUUAUGUUCUAGUUCUCAUGUAUGAAAAUAGUAAAAUCCCAAGUAGAAUGUCCUAUGACUUACUGAUUCAUGAGUUGAAUCGGCAGGAAAGGACUUUGGGUGCAUGUAAUGUCUAUGGUGCUGCAUUAGUUCGAGGUGUGGUUCCCCACAAAAAGCCUCGACGAUGA